UCUGCAGUUCUACUAUUCUGUCCAUUUAUUUACAAUUUUUACAGAAACAAAUAGAUUAACAACAAGAUGAGUGGCCCGGCACCUCCUUCGGGCAUUCAGAGCACUGCAGGUGCCAUUCCUGUGAGGAAUGAAAAGGGUGAAUUGUCUAUGCAAAAGGUGAAGGUGCAGCGUUAUAUAUCCGGAAAGAGACCUGACUACGCACGUGCGGAUUCUAGUUCCGAAGAGAGCGACGAGGAUGACUUCAUUGACACCAAGAAGCGCUUAGAGCGCCACAAAUCCGAGCGUCACAAGCUUGAGCUCUCCAAAAGAAGUGGAAGUGCUGAGCCUGAAGAUAAGCCCGAAGGUGAUGAAGAAGAUGAAGCGGAGGUUGAUGAUCCCCGCCUGCGUCGCUUGCGGGCACGUCCAACUGCAGACGCGGAGGACAUGGAACGAGAGCGGCGGGAGCGCCAUCGGCACAUUCACGAACCUGAGAUGCUGGAAAGCAACAGCGAGGACGAGGAGGAGAACGAUGAAACCCAGGAUCAGCAGAAGCAUAUUGAACGAGGCACAAACAAGAUUACACUGGCCUCCGAGUCCGAUUCAGAUGCGGAGCUCAGUGAUACAGAGAUGGAGAAUAGGCGUGAGCAGCUCAGGGCCCGAAUGUUGCAACAGCAGCGCGAAGAGGAGGUGCUCCAGAAAGAGGAUGAGAAACAGUCUGAAUCUUCCGAGUCAGAAAGCUCCGAAUACGAGGAAGAGACAGAAAGCGAGGAGGACAACGAACCACGGCUGAAGCCCUUGUUUGUGCGGAAGCGAGAUCGCGCCACCAUCCAAGAGAAGGAAAGGGAGGCGCAGAAACAAAAGCAAAUCGAAGCGGAAAACAAGAGAGCGGCCAAGGAACGGCGACGAGCCACGUUGCGCAUGGUGGAGGAAAGCGUCAAAAAAGAUCUGGAGAAGACCAAGCCGGAGACAAAUGAAGCCUGCAUCGAAGAUGUCUGUACAGACGACGAAAACGACGAAGUAGAGUAUGAGGCAUGGAAGCUGCGCGAGCUUAAGAGGAUGAAGAGGGACCGGGAAGAGCGGGAUAACAACGAGAGGGAGAAGCUAGAAAUCGAUAGAAUGCGCAACCUUACAGAGGAAGAACGACGGCAAGAGCUUCGUCAGAAUCCCAAAACGGUCACAAACAAAGCCACCAAGGGCAAGUACAAAUUCCUGCAGAAGUACUACCAUCGGGGCGCUUUCUAUCUGGACGAGGAGAAUGACGUGCUGAAACGCGACUUUGCGCAGGCGACUUUGGAGGACCACUUCGAUAAGACCAUUCUUCCCAAGGUGAUGCAGGUGAAGAACUUCGGCCGCUGUGGCCGAACGAAGUACACGCAUUUAGUAGACCAAGACACCACCAAAUUCGACUCACCAUGGUAUGCAGAGUCGGCUAAUAACAUCAAAUUUCACAAUGAACGCGCUGGCGGCAUGAGGCAGCAGUUCGACAAGCCCACAGGAUCGAAACGAAAGAAACUCGAGUAGAAAGCAAUAAGGCAAUAUCGUACAAUUUAUUUAAUAAACAAACUGGAAUGACCGUUGUGGAAUAAUUACAAAAAA